UCGGAAAACGAUAUUGCUGCUAUAUGUUUACAGGUGUUAUGAUAUGAUUUCGCCAAGCCUUGUGGUCGCAGAUAAGGAGAUGUUGAGAGAAAUACUCGUAAGACAGUUUGCUAACUUUCCAGACAGAAGGACGAUUGAGGGAUUCAACGGAGAUAUGGAACAUGGUAUUUUAUUUAGAAAGGGACAACAAUGGAAACAAAACAGAAGUAUAAUUUCGCCUACAUUUUCUUCUGGAAAAUUGCGCCAGAUGGUACCAUUAAUCCAGGAGGCGUGUGACACCCUACUGAAAACAACGCGGAGUGCCAUGAAGGAUCGGGAAAACUCUCAAGUUGAAAUGAACAGGCUAUUUGGGGGAUACACAAUGGACGUAAUCAGUUCAACUGCUUUCGGUAUCCACGUCGAUUCUCAGAGUAACCCGGAUGACCUCUUUGUUGUUCACGUGAAGAAGAUAUUGGCAGUAACAUUGGUAUCUCCAUGGACACUUCUCAUCAUGAUCAUGCCCGCCCUGAAAAAGCUAUUGUUGAAACUUGGAGUAUGCAUUUUCCCAGAAGACAGUCAGGCGUACUUUCGGAAACUCACUGCUGACCUAGUGAAGGAAAGAAUGGAAGGAAACCCGACAAGUCGGAAAGACUUCCUUCAGUUGGUUGUAGAGGCCCAAGGAAGUAAUAGUGGGCUCGACGGAGACGACGGAAGUUUUUGUAGAGGGCUGGGGUUUGAGGAAAUUCUGGCAAACUCCCAAUUGUUCUUUGCUGCCGGCUACGAAACAACAAGUACAACUCUCACAAUGACCGCUUAUAACCUCGCCACGAAUCAGACGUGUCAGGAUAAGUUACGCAAGGAAAUCGAGAAUAUUGUUGGGUCGGGAAGGAUUGACUACGAAAACAUCCAGGAACUUCGAUAUCUCGACAUGUGUAUCAGUGAAACUCUACGUAUGUACCCAUCGGUAAUGAGGGUAAACAGAAUGUGUGUAAAAACUACAAAGAUCAAGAACAUUACGAUUCCUGCUGGGGUGGCAGUCACUUUGCCAAUAUACGCCUUGCACCAUGACCCAGAGGUUUGGGAAAAGCCGGAAGUUUUCAACCCCGAGAGAUUUUCGGAUUCAGGAAGGUAUGAUCCACUGGACUUUAUACCCUUUGGACACGGUCCCCGUAUCUGCAUUGCGAUGAGACUCGCGUUACUAGAAGCAAAGAUGGUAAUUGUUGAUCUCGUGCGCACUUUCCGUUUGUGUAUCGGAAACAAAACUAACAUUCCACCAAAAUUAGAGGACGCCUCAUUACUUAGACCAACACAUAUGUGGCUAAGGUUGGAAGAACUCAACCGAACAAGUACAUUAGCAUGAAAGAAUAAGGGUGGCCAAUACAUAUAUCUAACAAACAAUGACACGCCAUUAACCAGAAAUAAGAUAUUAAUGAUAUACAUGUACGAUAAUAAUACGUAUGCGUUACAUUUUAUAUAGGAUUUAAGGUUUGCUUUCUUCAUAUAGUAUAUCUUUUUACAUUUGCGCCUAUAACAACCAGUGUAUCAGGUUUAAACACCCAGUGGGUGUAGGAAUAAAGACAGCUGUUUUAUGUAAACAAAUGAUAUGGCCGCGAACAACGAGGUAUCGCCUGAUGGAGACCUAAACGAAAACUAAGUUGUAUCGGUUUCAAAUUGCGAUGACAAUAAGUUUACUGUUUCUCAUUUGAAAUUCAUUAUAAUGUAAAUUUAUUUUUAUGCCGUAUCAAUAACUAAUUGCGGGUUCAAUUUAUCUCAGCUAAACAUGGCGGCCGACCGCAUCACUAUGACGUCACGCGGUUUCGCAGUUCUUAGGUAGUUUUUUUUAUAUGUUUAACGUCAAAUAUACGAAAUAAACGUUGAAAGAAACAAAGUUUGAUUUCGUAAUCAUGUUCAUAUCCAACGCACUAUUUUUGCCAGUUGAUUUUUUUUUGUCAUGUGACAUAAUAAAAAAAGGCGGUAAUUCGUUUGAUGGAUCAGUUUUCAAAAUUGACAAAAAUAGUGACGACUUCCCAUGGCAUUUGUCCACCAUACAUCUUGCUGCCAUAUCUACUUUACCAACUUUAAAUGCACUGUUCAUUGAUUAAGUGUAAGACGUGCGUAGUAGUCUUAUUAUCAUUUAUCAUUAUUUGAAUGAGCUUCUGUAGUUGUAGUUGAUGUAACAUCUCAAUCAGACAGUAUGUCAGGAACGCGGUCCGAUUGAUCAGAUAUAUCGACGUAGAUCUAAUUGUUUUGACUGGGUGUGAAAAACAAGGGAACAUCACUAUCGUAAUUUUUUCUCGCUCUAUGGCCAAAGCGUAUGCAAAGGCAUACGAUAGGCGUGUACUUCCAAUACGUUCUUAUUAUGCGACCGAAGAGAUUAUGUUUUGUUUGGAUAUCAACAUGUUUCGCAUCCCGAAGUUCUAAUUUUUCAAACAUAGAAUGAUGUCACGAUCCGAGUGUCAGUUAUGCCCUUUUAGACUUUCUCUAGAAUUUAUCUAGAUAGUUUGUAUCGUGGCGUUGCCAGCGAGAUGUAAAUAUGUAUGUUUAAUGCAAAGUAUAGUUAUACGGAUAGGUAUGUUAACCUUUUCAAACCAGAUGGUUGAUCAAA